UCACUACUUCGGUGCCGCGCAACGCACCCAGUUUGUUCGCUUUCUUGGUUCCCAGAAAAACCCUAGACCCUCUUCGCGCUCCAACUUCUCCACUUUUCUAUGGCGAGGAAGCGAAAGCUCGACUCCGCCAAAUCCACCGAGCCGGCCGAGCCUCCCAAGAAGCUCCAGCAGCAAGCUCAAGCUGCUGCUGCUGCUGCUGUGGAGGAGCCCAAGCCCCAGAACGAUCCCGUCAAGCAACUGGUACCGGAGGAUCUAGCGGAAUACGAAGUGGUUGAAGAGGAAGAUGACGGGGAGCAAGAGGACAACGAGGAAGAGGAGGAAGAUGAAGAUGACGACGAGGAAGACGAAGCCGAUGGGAAUGUCAAUAACCAUCUUCAGACCACCCCCAAGACAUCCUCAUCCUCGGCCGCUGCCGAUGAUGACGAUGAACCCAUUUUGAAGCUCUUGGAACCCUUCAGCAAGGACCAGCUGAUCAAUCUUCUUCGCGAAGCUGCGGAGAAUCACGCUCUAAUUAUACCAGUGGCACGGCAUCUGGGUCGGGGCACUUGAUGGCACCUGCAGGACCUGGUGUUGGUUAUAACCAAGGACCACCUCAAGCAUUGAACCCAGCUCUUGGCCAGGCCCUGACUGCGUUGCUUGCGACUCAGGGUGCUGGAUUGGGAUUGACUAACUUGUUCGGGACGCUUGGAUCUGCUGCAGGGCUGAAUCCAGCUGUGCAAGGCACGGGACCUGGAGUGCAAAGUGGAUAUGGGAGUCAAUCGAAUAUAAGCCCUGGGGUGAUUGGGUAUGGAAGCCAGAGCGGUGUUCAGGGUGGGUAUCCAAACCAACAGAUGGGACAGGGUGGAUCUGGAAGAGGAGGGCAGCAUGGAGUUGGGCAGUAUGGUGGUCCUGGCGGUUAUAUGGGGCACUAGUGCCUCAGGGAGAUCUCACUCAUAUGUGCGUCAGUAUUUUUGUACUGAUCAGGUGAUUCUCUGAAGUUUAAGGAGCUGAUGCAAAUGACGUUUUCGACCCUCUUCAUUUAAGCUCCAUUUUAAAUCUGUAGUUUUUGAUCUAUUGAAGAUUUGUUUCAAAGAUUUGGAUCAGUUUUUAGUACUUUCAAGUAAAAUUGUGUAAACUCUAGCUCAAUGGUUGACCAAAAAUAUUUCAAACUCUUUUGGCCCUAUAAUUUUAAUAGAUCUUGCACUUGACAGUUAAGUUAUGGUAAUUCUCUUUCAUUAAUUUUGUCAA